AUGGCAACAAAGAGCGCAAAGAUCGGUGAGAAGCGAAAGGCCUCUGCCACCACCGAAGGCAAGCCCGCCAAGAAGUUCUCAGGCAAGAAGGAGGGCCCCGAGUCGACGAGGAAGCUAUGGCGAAACGAGGACGCCUCGGAUGACAGCAGCGAUGACAUUUCUGUCGACGGAGAAGAAGAUGUCGAGGAUGUCUCACCACCUGCAAAGAAGUCCAAGCCAGCCAAGAAGUUUGAGAAGGGCGAGACCUCAAGAGAAUCCCACAUCAAGCAGAAGCAGCUGGCCAAAGAUCGAAAAGCCGCCAGGCCCCUCGCCGAGGAGCUGCAGAGGACCAAGAAGAUCUGGGAGCGCCUGCGCCGCAAGUCCCACGUCCCCAAGGAGGAGCGUCAGAAGCUGGUCGACGAGCUGUUCGACAUCAUCACCGGCCGCGUCAAGGACUUUGUACUGAAGCACGACGCCGUGCGCGCCGUGCAGACCGCCCUGAAAUACGCCAAGCCCGAGCAGCGCAAGACGAUCACCAAGGAGCUGCGGGGUACAUACGCGCAGCUGGCUGAGAGCAAAUAUGCCAAGUUCCUGAUCGGCAAGAUGUUGAUCCAGAACGACCCCGAGAUCCGGGACAUGAUCAUUCCUGAGUUCUACGGCAAGGUCAGAAAGCUCAUCAACCACCCCGAGGCCUCGUGGAUCCUCGACGAUAUCUACCGUGGCGUCGCGACAAAGGAGCAGAAGGCCGUCAUCCUGCGUGAAUGGUACGGGCCGGAGUUCUCGCUUUUCAGGUCCGAGGGAGACGAUAGCACGGCCGAGCUGUCGCAAAUCCUGGAGGAGCACCCAGAAAAGCGAGGCCCGAUCAUCAAGUACCUGAUGAGCAUGAUCGACCAACUCGUGCAAAAGAAGAUGAACGGCUUCACCAUGCUGCACGACGCCAUGCUUCAGUGUUUCCUGAACCUGAAGGCGGGCACUGAGGAACAUACCGAGUUCUUACAGAAGGUCAAGGAUGAUGAGACUGGUGACCUGCUCAAGAACCUGGCGUUUACCAAGUCCGGUUCGAGGCUAGCCUGUCUUCUGCUGGCUCACGGAGGCGCAAAGGACAGGAGACAGUAUCUGAAGCUCUACAAGGAGACAUUUGAGGCCAUGUGCGGCGAUCAAUAUGGCCACCUGGUUAUCCUUACGGCAUACGAUGUGAUAGAUGACACCGUCAUGACCGCCAAGGCCAUCUUCCCUGAAAUAUUAGGGAAGAAUGAAGAAAAGCAGAACAUUAUUUUUUGCGCCAACGAUAUCAACGCGCGGACAACCAUCCUGUAUCCAUUCGAGGGCAUGUCGCGGGCGUUGUUCCCCCUGAGCCAGAGCGCGGACUUGGAGAUCCUCAAGGAGGUCCAUGAGGUUCGCAAGACAACUAGCAAGAAGGACCCAGAGAUACGGCGCAAAGAGCUUGUGGCUGCCAUGUCCCCGGCUCUGCUCGAGGCGAUCGCCACAUCUGCCCGCGAUCUUGUCUCGACCUCUUUCGGCUGCCAGUUCGUGACAGAUGUCCUCCUCGACGCAGACGGAGACAAAAGCCAAGCCCUACAAGCAGUGGCGGAGGCUGCCGCGGGCGACCCAGCGGCGGCCUCAGAGAACAGUGAGGAGCUGUACACGGGAGAGUACCCGCAUCCUUCCCAAACAGCCUGGGCGGAGAGGAUGUUCAAGACUCUCAUCCAAGGCGGCCGUUUUGACAAGGCAUCCAAGAAGAUCAAGGUCGUCGAGCCUCCGCUGGACUUUGCAAACAUCCUCUACCCCAUCAUCAAGGACCACAUGACGGCCUGGGCGACCAGCCGCAGCUCCUUCGUCGUGGUGGCUCUCUUGGAGUCGGACAGCUUCUCGCAGAAGGAGAAGAUCAAGAAGGUGCUGAAGAAACACAAGGCCGAGCUGCAGAAGGCCGCCACGGAGCCGGUGAAGAAGCCAGAGGCCGAGCAGGAAGGCGGGGAGAAGGGCGGUGCAAACGGCAAGCAGAAGAAGGGCGGCGCCUCCAAGAAGGACCGGCGGCCGGUCGGCAAUGCGGGUGCCAAAUUGCUGCUGGAGAAGCUAUGA